UCACAGUUUACGGCUUCCAAAGCCACGCGUUAGACCCUCCCCCCGCCUCUCUCUCUCUCUCUCUCUCUCUCAGAGGCCGGAGACGGAGACUGGCAGAGAUGACGCCGGAAAGUCCUUCGGCUGACGCCCCACCGAAGCCGGGGGAAGGCGAGAUGGAUGUCGACGGGCAGGAAGAGGCGUCGGCAGGAAGCUCUCGUUGGAGAACUGGUUCGGAGCAGAGGAGCUACACCGGGAGGCUUCUGAGGGCACUCCGAUCAGCAGGACGGAGUGCCGCUUCGCCGCCAGGGGUUUCCCCGUCGCUGAUUGUGAAGGAGGCGGCCGACUCCGCCCUAGCUAUAACGGCAAGGGGCCAGUCGCGGUGGAGCCGGGCGAUCCUUGCCCGUUGGCGCCGGCGCCGGGGGAAGUUCCAGUGGCGGCGUCUUAGGGAAGUCUCGGCGCGUCGGAGGGCGGCGAAGAUGGAGCCGUCACCGUCUAAGCCGGAGAUCCGCCGGAAGCGGAAGCGCGGACAGGGAGGUGGAGGCGGUGCCGCGGUAGGCAGCCGGCUGAUGACGCUCGGGAGGCUGAUUCCAGGAGGACGGAAGCUCGCGGCUCCGACGCUGAUCGAGGAGGCUACUGACUACAUCGCUGCCUUGGAAAUGCAGGUGAAGGUCAUGAGCGCCCUCGCCGAUCUCCUCUCCGCUGCUGCACGAUGUUGACCUCUCUUCCUGCCUCCCUUGCUCUCUCCUGAAAGGACGGGUUCCUCUCCAACUCGAUUCUGGCAGGAUGAUUGUGCUCAGUGUUGAUAAGCAAUUCGUUCCUCUCUCUCUCUUUCCCUCUGUAUCUUUACGUUUAUUUCAGGCCUCAGUCCAAUGGGCUCUCCACUUCCGUUCGUCAAUUGAUUGGUUUACUAUCUCUCUUCCCUCACCCUUCGUUUUUUCCGGCCGGAAUCCGAGGAAUCUCGUAUCUCCGGCGACGAUUAACACGUCCGUCUCCCUCUGUUUCUCUCUCUCCUGCCUUCGCGCGCGCGCGCGCGAGUUUCUGUAAAUUCACCGUAAAUUUUUGUACCAAUUUCUCCUUUUCCCUUUUUCCGGAAAGGCACCAUUUUGUGCUGUAAGUUUUAUUUUUCGCUGCUGAGAUCGACGCGUGUGGCUUCAAGCGUGUGUAUUACUGUGUACAAGUUGCCGAGAGUCAGGCGAGGGCGUCACUGCUCCGUUCUUUGGUGGUUCUCCUGUUUGCCCUUUCGGAUUUUCUUCCUUUCUUUUCCUUCUUUUUCUUCCAAUUUGGAUUUUUGUCUCUGUCAAUUACUCAUGCAAGCUGGCGCUGCCGCGUCUUCUUCUCUUUAUUUGUUACGAUUUGGAAUCCUUUGAAUUGAAAUAAAUAUGGUCCGCUGCCCAAUGCGAGGUGCUUCUUCCCUUCCCCUGGAACAUGAGCAGAGAGAACUUCCGUAGCAGGAAAAGAAGCCAUUGAUGAUGAUUCAAAGGAUCAUCCAUUCCAAAAUUCAUUCGUGUACUGUAUACUUUCGAAAAUUUAUGAUAUUUGAAGAAUAUUUAGAGGUU